CAAGUACGUUGUAGCAAUUCGAACGGUUACUACUCGUGCACUUCCUGUUAAAUCACUGAUCGAUUUCCGGGUUCUUUAUACAGUACCUCUGGAAUGACCUUAAUUUAACAGGACCAUCAAAAUAGAACCUGGUGCAUCCAUCUGUCGUCCUCGGAGUUUAUCGCUAUGAUGUGUAGUCUGAUGAUUUCAAGACUCUAGGGUAUCCCCUCUCCAAAGAGGGGGACGUGGUGUAUGAUUCGUAGAAUGCCUUGCGAUCUCCAUCAAAGCCUUAAUGCGAUGAGUUCAAAAGCAUAAAGACAGUGAGAAUAAAGAGAAAGAGUCAUUAUAGAGAAUUUGAGAAGUUUGUUAGUACUUCUAGUUUUACAUCUUCCUAUUGUUAUUAAAUCCCAAUUGUCAGGUUAUCCAAAGGCAGACAUAGAGAAGGACUUAUGUAUUUCGUUCUAUAACUUUUUGCACUACUGCAGUAAAUUACAAAAAUUAUAUUGAAAAGGACAAUUUUACUUGUACAAUAGGCUAAUCUGAAAUCCAAUGUGCCCGAACACAAAAUUAGAUAACAUUACUAAGAAUAUUUACAAAAUAUAAAUCUUUAAACCUUCAUUAUAAAUUUUAUCAACUCUCCGUAUCAUCCUCAGAUUUAGUCUCCGUAGCAAACAUUUUCAAAAGGGUUGACCAUGAAUUUUAGGGGAUGCGAGAAGAGGGACUACUACCAGCUGAAGAGUGGUAUUCAUAUAGUCCAUGUCAGGGACACUAGCUGAAGUAGGAGUGCACUCCCCGAGUAUGAUGAUGCUUUGAAAGUAUGUAUGUACAAACAGUGAGAAAUGCACUCUGGAGAUGACGGAGAUGUGAACAGUAUAAAUUGGGUUACUGGAUCGUGCAUAUGGAUGACGUGAAGACUGUUUGCGAUGGCCUCUCGUGUAUUUUAGAUGGACGACGAAUGCCAAUGAAACCAAGACGACGACGAUGCUACGAAAUGGCUCCAUCGAGCACGAGCCCGAGAACAGCAUGGAUUUCUGUAUAUUUCUUACCGUCCUUGUUCCUGGCCUACACAGUAGAAUAAUGUGGUCUCUCUCAUUCUCCCACUCUCUAUCUCUUACUCUCUAUGUACCAUUCUCAUCCCCUUGUAUUCUAGAAGAUGAGUAGGUAGGCUGGAGACCAAGGCGCAGAUGGCACGUUCACAUAGGGGCGCAUGCGUUCCUUAGGGUGACGUUCGACGUUUCCUCAGUCACCGGUCGACGUUGCGCCAGGCACCGUCGACGCAGAGCCUGGAGACGCGCGCUUCUGCCUCUGACUGUGACUCGGAGUCAGGUCAAAGCCGCACGAGACGGUGCUCCUUUAUCAUCGCGUCAUGAUCUUCGUACGUGCUCCGUCCUGGCCAUUGGAACCAGCGUCGUCGUCGUCGUCGUUUUCACCGUUGUCGUUGUCGUCGUCGCGGUUGCCGCCACUGUCGUCAACGUGGUCGUUAUCCUCGUCCUCGCUAUCCUUAUCAGAUAUCUACGGAUAGGUGUUAACGAGAUACCUAAACCACUGGUACCGAUCAGUCUCUUCAGACUCUGUAAUGCUACACUCCGAAUUCCGUACGAUCCUAUGCUCUAGACCCUGAAGAAGAAUCCAAACUGAGGUUGUUCUCCUGCCACGUGAACACUUGAGUUCAUCAGGGAGACUGUAACGGACUGGUUAUACAGUGAAGAAUAGACAAGUAGAUAAGAAUAGACAAAGAAGUAAAACGGUCCAGAGAAUCAAGUCGUCGGAACGAGCUAAUAGAAAGAAGAGCAAAGGUCUGAAGAGACUUAGGAACUUCCGGUAAUACAUUCUAGUGCACCGGCUCGAAAAAUGUCCUUACAUUAUUACCCACAAGGGUAUCGGUAUCGUUCCGCGACGAGGACGAGUGUCAGCGGUACACCCGGUGAACAGGGUUCGGACAGUGAUGUGGCCGAACUAAGCGAACUGGAGGAUGAUGGCGACGAAGAAGAGGAUGGCGACGAGGACGAAGAAGCCGAUGAAGAUGAUGACGAGGACGAGGAAGGUGAUGAGCUACCGUAUCCGGGAUUCGUGCCGGUCGCUCUGCGUUAUCUCGACCAGACUACUCGACCGCGCAACUGGUGUCUCGCACUCAUUACAAAUCCGUGGUUCGAGAGGAUAAGCAUGAUGGUUAUCUUCUUGAAUUGCAUAACGCUUGGGAUGUAUCAACCGUGCGUGGACGAUCAGUGCGUCACGAAUCGAUGCAAAAUAUUACAGAAAUUCGACGACAUUAUAUUCGCAUUUUUCUCCCUGGAGAUGACGAUAAAGAUGGUAGCAAUGGGUAUAUACGGCAAGGGCACCUAUCUGGCUGACUCCUGGAACAGACUAGACUUCUUUAUAGUCGUUGCUGGCGCCUUGGAAUACUGUCUCAAUGUGGAGAAUAUGAAUUUAUCAGCAAUACGAACGAUAAGGGUUCUGAGACCAUUGAGAGCUAUUAAUAGGAUCCCUAGUAUGAGAAUACUAGUAAUGUUACUGCUGGACACUCUGCCAAUGCUGGGUAACGUCCUGCUCCUGUGUUUCUUCGUGUUCUUUAUAUUCGGUAUAGUAGGCGUCCAGCUCUGGGAAGGAAUCCUGAGGCAGCGAUGCUUCCUGAAGGCGCUGCCCAACAUAAAGUAUCCCGACGAUCUCGAGAAGUAUUUCGAAUAUCAAGGUCAGGAUUAUAUCUGCUCGAGGCCGGAUGAUAGUGGAAUGCAUACGUGUAACAAUCUGCCGCCACUUAAGCUUGGAAAUUUGGUGUGCAACAGUACUGCAGUGCCGAACAACAAUACGACACUGAUAAACAAUAGCUCUUGCGUGAAUUGGAAUUAUUAUUAUACGGAAUGCAAGGGUCAGGGGAAUAACCCUUUUCAGGGCACGAUAUCGUUUGAUAAUAUUGGUCUUGCCUGGGUCGCCAUCUUUCUUGUUAUCAGUCUUGAGGGAUGGACUGAUAUCAUGUACUACGUGCAGGAUGCUCAUUCGUUCUGGGAUUGGAUAUACUUUGUUCUCUUGAUUGUUAUUGGUUCGUUUUUCAUGAUCAAUCUUUGCUUGGUCGUGAUAGCCACACAGUUCUCUGAGACGAAAAAGAGGGAAAUGGAAAGGAUGAGGUUAGAGAGGGCUCGUUUUCAUUCUACCAGUACGCUUGCUUCGUCUACAAAUACGUCCGAACCGUCCACCUGUUAUUCUGAGAUAGUCAAGUAUAUCGCUCAUCUGUGGCGAAGGAGCAAACGUAGGCUGAUGAAGAAAUAUCGGUUGUACUUAUACAGCCGGCAACAGAAACGCGAACAGAAGCUUUUGAAGGAACAACAAGGUGGUCUGGUUUCUUCGAACACUGUGGGUCUUCAGAUGAACAGAGCAAGGGAGAGAAGAGUACAUCAUAGCAGAUGCCCAAGACUCCUGGCAGCUCUAGAGAGUGGAGAACAACCGGGGCAUGGGAUUGGUAGCGACCUGGGUGUGAAUGCAAUGGUCAUGGCAGGAAGUGGAAGUCUACCUCUAGCACCUAGAGCGAGCCCAGAAGUUUCCGAGACCGAGGUCUCAUCUAACCAGUGCCGUUCAGGACUUCAGAGGAUGCCGUCGGUCUCCAACGGCAGUGACAAUACCAUUGUCAAUACAACAGAAGCCAACAAUGCUUUGUUAAGUCCACCGUGUACUCAUUACCGGAGAAGAAGUAGCGUCAUGUUCAGCGACGUGGUGCUGCUCCACGGAAGUAGCGUGAACACUUUGCCAGGAUCUAUAGGAGCUGGUGAACGGAACGUCUGCUCCAGUGAGAAGAUGACCCAGACUGGCGAUGGGAACGUCUGGUCGACGCCUCAGCCCAACGUGCAGGUGCAAACCGAGCUUGGUGCCAAAGAAGCCAUGACUUGUCAGGAAUUGCUUGCUCUGAGUGGAGCACUGAGUGCGGCUCUACCAACUGGUCAGCUGGCGCUGGAUUCAUUUUUGAAUUCAUUGACAAAAGGUAUAUCAGAGCGGCACAUUACCCUUGAGGACCAGGCGCAAUGGCAUAACGAUCCUGAUGCCUGCUCUUGCUGCGAGGCUCAAAACGAGCAGAUCUGGCCGGAGGAAGUUAGCAAGUGGCAGAGUUCACAGACGCGAAAGAUUCUCAAGGCUUCCGGUAGCUGUUUUGUAUGCGUUCUUCGGUGCGUGAGACGCUGGAUCAAGAAGCUCGUGGAGCAUAAGUACUUUCAACAAGGGAUCUUACUGGCCAUUCUGAUAAAUACCCUGAGCAUGGGUAUAGAGUAUCACAAUCAGCCCGAAGAAUUGACAGUGAUCGUUGAGAUAAGCAAUAUAGUCUUCUCAGCCGUUUUCGCCGUUGAGAUGCUGCUGAAGAUCAUAGCCGAGGGUCCAUUUGGCUACAUAAGUAACGGCUUCAACGUCUUCGACGGCGUCGUUGUUGUUUUAAGCAUUGUCGAGCUUUGUCAGGCCUUCGCUGGUGACAGAGGUGGUGGUGGUGGUUCGGGCCUGAGCGUCCUGAGGACCUUCCGACUUUUGAGGAUCCUAAAGCUCGUACGCUUUAUGCCCAAUCUACGCCGACAGCUGUUCGUGAUGCUGCGCACGAUGGAUAACGUUGCAGUAUUCUUUGCACUUUUAAUACUAUUCAUCUUUAUAUUCAGCAUCCUAGGGAUGUACCUGUUCGGGGGUAAGUUUUGCAUGUGGGCGGACCGGAGUCGGCCGUGCACCUGUGCCGAGGUGGUUUCGCGCCACCCAAUGUGUCGCUGUGAUCGAAAACAUUUCAACGACAUCCUCUGGGCCACUGUCACCGUCUUUCAGAUACUCACCCAGGAGGACUGGAACGUUGUCCUCUUUAAUGGGAUGCAAAAGACUUCGCACUGGGCAGCUUUAUACUUUGUUGCACUUAUGACCUUUGGGAAUUAUGUACUGUUCAAUCUACUCGUUGCCAUCCUGGUGGAGGGUUUCUCGUCGGAGAGGAAUGAGAGAAGAGAACGCGAACAGAGAGAAAUGGCUAGACUAGCUGCUAAGGAAGCUGGCAUCGGUAGUGAUGGAGGAUCAUCAAGAGUUUCCAGAUCUCAUUCUGUGACUGAUAGUGACACCUAUACUCAGGACCACAAAAAUUCUUGGCAGAGUGCGGAUGAUCUGAGAAAAUACAAAGACAAUUUUACUCGCGAAAAACAGAACGGUAGCUGGAAACAUUCAAUAGAUGAACCCAAAUGUAAUAUCCAGAAGGAGAGCAAGAUGAUGGGUACCCAGCCUCCAAUAAUAACGCAUACAGCUGCAACUCCUCAGGAUUCACCCAACACGACCCUGGACGCGGGAUGCAGAGAGUUCAACUGUCGUCCUGGAAAUCCGACCUUGUCGAUAGAGUCAAUUGACAGAUCAGCCAGUCAGUGCAGCAUCUCAGGUCUUUUGAAGCCACCGGACAAUAAAUUCGCGACGAAUAAUCUUAUAGCUACUCAGCCGCCGCGACGGAUCAGUCUCGUAGCCGUGAUAAAUCCGUCGCGACGCGACAGCAGAGAUUCAAAUUCUAGAUAUGCGUCAUUAGACAAUGAAAAAUCGUUUGGAUCUGUACAACGCUCCAGAGCGUUUGUCUCUAGUCCGGCUAGGAUACAAAGAGGAUACUCCUGGCGUCUAUCGCGACCAUCCUUACGGCGUAAGAGAUCCCAAGAAGAAGACCCCCGACAUACAACAAUUCUUAACAAUGGACGUAGCACCACCAGGUCAAAUUCUAUAAAUUGUGCUGACUAUACAAACUACAAUGGCGGAUAUCUUCGUGGAUCCAUAAGGAACGAUACUCAGUGCGACACGCCAAACAAUCGCACCGCCAUUACGACGAACAAUCGGAGUUUAAGUCCAAAUAACUCGAUAAAAAGUCGUAGCUCGUCGGUAGCUCAUUACGCAGCAUCUAACAUGAGAUGGAUAGGCGAUCUGUCGCGACAGAAUUCUCUUCGCGGUUACGACAACAUUCAGAUGCAAAAAGUACCACUCCAUGAUGAGAAUCCACUGAGCUCUACUCCAAGGACUAUUAAUAAUCUGACUGUUGAAACUGGAGCACUACCCAGGAUCAAACAGCUCUCUGAAGACCUGGAACCGCAACCUGGUGAACAGACGCCACCGUCAAAUGGCAACGAGAGUGCCAGCAGCGUGGAGAAGAUCAAGAAGAUCUUCAUGUUCUUCGAGCCGAAAGGAUGCCUCAAAGAGAGGGAUGAUUAUUCGCUUUAUCUGUUCCCACCGAACAACCGGUUCCGUGUACUCUGUAGAUGGUUCGUGGAUCAAAAAUGGUUUGACAAUGUGGUUCUCCUGUUCAUCGGGCUGAACUGUAUCACAUUAGCCAUGGAACGACCUAAUAUACCUCCUGACAGCCGUGAGAGGUUAUUUCUUGCAACAGCCAAUUACAUUUUUACCGGUGUCUUUGCUGUGGAGAUGUUCGUUAAGGUUGUAGCAUCCGGUAUGCUUUAUGGUACUGAUGCUUACUUCACUUCCGGUUGGAAUAUAAUGGAUGGGUCGCUAGUGACGAUAUCGAUAAUAGACUUACUAAUGUCCCUGGUAUCAGAAAGUAGUCCACGAAUUUUUGGCAUACUACGUGUAUUUCGUCUUCUCCGUUCAUUGAGACCACUCCGAGUGAUCAACCGAGCACCUGGACUAAAGCUGGUCGUCCAAACGUUGUUGUCUUCGUUGCGACCAAUAGGAAACAUCGUCCUGAUAUGUUGCACCUUCUUUAUAAUAUUUGGUAUAUUAGGGGUGCAGCUUUUUAAGGGCGCAUUCUACUACUGCGAUGGACCUGACAUUAAGAACGUUCGCAACAGGACCGACUGCUUGGCCGACAAGCGAAAUGCCUGGCUCAACAGGAAGUAUAAUUUCGAUGACCUGGGCAAAGCGCUUAUGUCAUUGUUUGUACUGUCGUCACGUGAUGGCUGGGUGAACAUUAUGUACACAGGGUUGGAUGCCGUAGGAGUGGAUCAACAGCCGAUGGAAAAUUACUCGGAGUGGAGGUUAUUGUACUUCAUUGCGUUCAUUUUGCUGGUGGGAUUCUUCGUGCUGAACAUGUUUGUCGGCGUGGUUGUUGAGAAUUUUCAUAGAUGUCGCGAAGAGCAAGAAAAGGAAGAGCGUGUUCGAAGAGCCGCCAAGAGAGCACUACAGAUGGAGAAGAAGAGGCGAAAAAUGCACGAGCCACCUUAUUACACGAAUUACUCUAAGGCAAGACUCUUUGUUCACAAUGUCGUCACGUCUAAGUACUUUGAUCUUGCGAUCGCCGCUGUGAUUGGUUUAAAUGUUGUCACAAUGGCAAUGGAGUUCUACAUGAUGCCAAAGGCUCUUACCUACGCCCUGAAGAUAUUCAAUUACUUCUUCACAGCUGUAUUUAUUCUUGAGUCGUUCAUGAAGCUUUUGGCUCUUGGCUUGCAUCUUUAUCUGAAAGACAAAUGGAAUCAGCUAGAUGUCGGGAUCGUCAUCCUUUCCAUAGUCGGUAUAGUCCUGGAGGAGGUCGAAUCCAAAAUAAUUCCAAUAAAUCCAACAAUUAUUCGUGUAAUGAGAGUCCUGCGAAUAGCGAGAGUACUGAAACUUCUGAAGAUGGCCAAGGGUAUACGAGCACUUCUGGAUACGGUGAUGCAGGCGUUGCCGCAGGUCGGUAACCUGGGCCUCCUCUUCUUCCUUCUGUUCUUCAUAUUCGCCGCUCUGGGUGUUGAGCUUUUUGGUCGACUCGAGUGCAGUGACGAAAUGCCAUGUCAAGGUCUUGGAGAACAUGCUCACUUUAGCAAUUUCGGUAUGGCCUUCCUGACCCUCUUCCGCGUGGCAACUGGUGACAAUUGGAAUGGUAUCAUGAAGGAUACCUUGAGGGAUGAUUGCGACGACGCUGCUGAUUGCGUCAAGAACUGUUGUGUUAGUACAGUAAUAGCGCCCAUCUUCUUUGUCAUCUUCGUUCUGAUGGCUCAAUUUGUACUGGUAAACGUCGUUGUGGCAGUACUCAUGAAGCAUCUUGAGGAGAGUCACAAGCAGAUGGAAGAUGAAUUAGAUAUGGAGACUCAGUUGGAGCGUGAGCUGGCAGCUGAGCAGGAGGAGCUGCUAGAGGAGGAAGAGGAAGAGGAGGACGACGAAGAUCUAGACGAGGACGAGGGUAACGAGGAUGUGCGAAAUGCAAGACCAGGUUUAUCAAAAGUGCGUUCACUACCGGCGAAUUUUAUCUAUAAUCCACCGUUAGAGAUAGAGAAGGAUAGGGAGAAGAGCCUAGAGGGUAACGAGGACGCUUAUGAGAUAGACAGACACCUGGCUUCCAGGACAGCACACCAAUCACAAGCAUCUCGACGGCUCUCGGAAGCCUCCGUCCUGGUCCUGAAUGACAGAAGACGAAAUUCCUCUCAUCGUACGAACAACAGGUUUUCCUCAAAGUUUAAAGUGAAGCGGCGACAGACAUUCCACUCGCAUCAACGCGACACCUUGCUCCCGGUUGUCUCCUCGAUGCCAAUGCACUUCGAGGUCGCCGAAGUCAUCAAGCCAACAAGCAACCUUAGCGUACCACGAAUCAUUCCCCAGCGAAACAGCUCGCUCUACGGUAGUACCAAGUACCUGCAACCACGAGCAGCUGAUCUCCAGGAGGAUAGAUCCUUCCUGACCGUCACGAAAGCUUCUAAUGAGUCCAUUAAUAGAAGAUCAUCAGUAACCUCCGGUCAACCUGGUGAACAGACACCUGCUGGGAGUUUGGGUACGUCCAGUAAGACUGGGAGCUAUCUAUUUCCUGUAUGUGAAUCGUAUCUGGGUAGACAUCGGAAAUCUAGCGACUCUCAGUCCGCGGAGACAAGUAUGAGUGCCAGAACGUUAAGUGCAUCCGGAGUUUCAACUAGUUACGCACACUAUGGUAACAACCUGGCCAAGAGCAGAAUAACUGAUGAGAAACCAUCGCCUGAGGCAGACAACGACUUGGAUGUUCAGUCUGUUAUUAACGAGAGGAGACCGUCCAGCCUAAGAAGUAACAGUACUACAGCUUCCGCUAAUGCUGGUACUGGUUAUCAAAGCCUUCCGGGUAAUGGUUUCGGUGAUAUUUAUGCUAAAGACGAAUCUGGGGAACGUACUCUUUCAAACGUUGCCAGCGACAUAAAGAUCUACGUGGAUGACACGGACUCCCAGAGCAGUGGACACAGCAAUCAUGCUAAGAAAUUAUCUAGUCAGGAGGGUGACACUCCCACAAAGAGUGAGGCCGAGUUCCAGUCUACGGUGACCCCAUCCUUAACGACGUCAACGCCAACACCGACGGCAACAACGAUGGAGCACGUGGAGGAAAUAAAAAGUACAAGGAGCAAGGAUUCUUAAUGAUCGAUGAUGCCGUUGUGCUUAGAACAGUAUGUUUAUCUAUUACUGGGACUUUUUAUAUAGUGAAACAAAAAUAAUUGUCCCGCGAAAACGUGAGUGCGUUACGUUGCGCAUGCGCGUACGCGACUGUGCGCAUAAAUUCAGGCCGGUCCUGGUACCGCCUUAUGAGAACGAUCACCCGAGGACUUUUUCAGAAAGACUGUAGUGCAUGACAAUAUAGCCUUUACUGUCACUUCGCUCUUGUGAAAAGUAAGAUGAAGAGAAGAGGGAGAAACGCUUGAGAAAUCAUACCUUCGACUUUGACCAAUCGAAGAGACCAACAAAAUGGAGGACGCUGAAACCUCCCGGAGAACCUUUCUUGCUCUCCCAAGGGACUUUUACACAUUUUAUAUGCCCACCUCGGAGCGUGCUCUUUUUCUACGGGUAUUAAACGGCACGCGAUUAUUUUUAUUGAGAAAAUUACGUCUGCCGUUAAUAUACCGGACAUACACAACUGUCAAGCACUCUACAAGUUAUUUUUGCCAAUUAUCUAUGGGAACAAAAGCACAUUGAGAUUCAUGUAGUGGCUUUCGAAAAAAGCGCCAUUUCGAUACGUAUAAUCACAUUCGAAUAACGCGCUCCUCUCGUCUCUAGGUAUUUCUGAUCUUUUUAAAAUCAUGGCCUUCCUUAUGUAGCUCUCUUCUCGCUAGACGAUGUCGCCAUCUGUUGUCAGCUAGUCGAGACCCGCGUAAUUCGCGGAUCUGAACUGUCUUGAGAAUUUCUCUAAACUUCACGCAAUUAAUGUGACGUAUUUCGGCGACACUACGCAUUACAGUACCUAUGACAAUCUUGAAUACCAAUGACGGAUUAACGAUCGCGAUCGUUUUAUAUAGUUAAUUAGGAAUAUAUUAAUUAGCAAUAUUAAUAUGCACACACUGGUGCUAAUUUUUGAUGACUUGUUGACUCCUGGCCAAAAGUUUAGGAAUUUACAUGCUAGUCAAAAACGAGCGUACAAACAAAUUUCGUAUUCUAAUUCACCUUGUCAGUCUGCUAGUCAGUCAGUCUGGAGGCAUGGGAAUUAACGAAGUCUGCAUAGCUUUGAUAACUAUUAUUCAUGCAGCAUAUGAAUUUAUAACGAUCAUUAUCUCUAGCCGAUUUAUCUUAUCGACUCGCAUUUUAAAAUAUCGAAAUCGUCUAUCUUCAGUUUUGUUUUUACUUUGACGUUAGACAUUUUUCAUUAACAUCUGUGAUAUAUUUUAAUUGUAGAAUAUUUCCUAACAAUCUAGAGCUAGUCACUUUUUAAUAAACGAAAGAAGAAAAGCAACACAAAGAAAUUCUAUGUAUAUACAAUAUUAUACUCUACACUUGGUGUGGUUUAUUUUGAUACUACUGCGUAUAGUAUUAUUAACAAUUGUCGGGUGAAAGUUUUAUGCCUUCGAGCUCGUGCGCAUGCGUGCAAGCGUGCGCGGCGAACGUGUUCGCGCUAUUAGCUGGUGGUACGUAUCAUCUCCAGAACGAUCUGUAUGAAGAUCAUAGAUACAAAGAGAUAAUUAAAAAACAAAAUAGAAUUUCUCUAGUGGCUAUUACAAUUACUAGAGGAUAGAUGAAAUACGAAGUGAAUUUGGCGGUUUGACAAUUCAAAUUUAUAACGGCCAAUCCGUGCGCGGCUCAUCGUUUUCGUGAGAUGAAUCAUGGUAUAUUAAAUGAAGACAAGUGAUGUAGAGAAAUGUAAAUUCAAGAAAGAAAUAUAAUACCGGAAAUUAUGAAUUAGUAUUUCCGGUAUCAGGUACCAGACCUCAUUGACAACUAGAAUCAUAUAUAUAUAAAUGUGUAUAUAUAUAUAUAGAUAUGUACUAGACGACUGAACUCCGAAUUACCUAGCGUGUGAGCCGAGUGCAAUUCAUUGACUUUUAAUAGUCAAAAUCUUCUAAGUACGAUGACGUGUAUAUCUUCUGUCAUUUCUAAUACGUGCCUCUCGAGCUUUGUUUAUUCCUGUGUAGUAAAGUCUCUGUUUCACAGGCGUCCUGUCGUUCAUAUGUAGACCGACGUCCACGUAGCCGAGCCUUUCCAAUUGAUAUUUUUUUUGGGGUUAGUACUAACGAGUUAUAGAUUAUCUGAGAUAUUUAAAUUUAAGUAAAACACAGUAAACGAAACGGCAUAGGUGAACGUAGGCGAGAUACGUUAGGCCGUAAGAGCUGUACAAAGAGUAUAUAAACAAAUGAGAAAAUAAAUUGAGUAACGAUUAUGUUAAUA